CUUUAGUACUGAAAAGGUCGUGGAUUUGUGUAGUUGUCGUGCUCCGUUGCCGCCGUUUGUCGUUGUCGUUCUCGUUGUCGUGUUGUCGUUGUCGUUGUCGCUGUCGUACGGGCAUCGCAUCGCAUCGCAUCGCAUGGCAUCGCCUCACAUCGCGUAGCCGCAGUGUUGACCGUCCGCAUCCGCAAACUGGCAAACGAAGCAAUUGGGCUGGAAAUCAAGAAACAAGUGCCAGCCAAGCUCUUCGAAGGUAUAUCUCAAUCGGUUAACGCAAUUGUUGAAUGCUAAAUAACACGACACAACAAAAAAUAAGUAAAAAUAUAGAAAAACGUCAAGCGAGACGAGAGUGCACGUGCUAGAAGUAGAAGUAGAAACAUCUCAAACGCCUGCGUUAAGUUUCUGAAUGUGUUGUUAUGCAAAUCGCGUCUUUUUUGGCUUGAGGCAACAAUACAGUGAGUGUGUGUGAGUGAGUGCGAUUGGGAGCGUGUAUGUGUGUGCCGCAGUUCCAGUGUACGACUAUAUAUGUGCGCUGGUGUACGCGCCCACAAUGCAUAAAUCAAAAUACACAUUAUUGAGUCAUAAAUAAAGUUCGCAUCGGCUGCUACUUUAAAUAUUGGCCUCGCGGCUGCCGGCGAUUCGAAGACGAGAAAGUUAGCAGCAGAAGCACAAGCAGAAGCAAAAGCAAGGCCGACGAAAUCGAAAUUUAUGCCUCGCACCCGCCAAAUACUUUGCCAUAUUUUUUGCUCAAUUGCCUGCCGCUCCUCCAGCUCCAUCAGCUCCUUUUGAUAUGAUGUGUGUGCGUCUCGCUGGCUGCAUAAAAACUCGCUCAACGCCAACACGCCCUCUACAGCAGCAAUAAGCAAUAAGCACAGCAGCAGCAACAACUCCAUUCCCUAACCCCUGCGGGCUGAUUUUAUUACAAAGGCCGUAAACGUAAAAAACGCCAAAAAGCGGAGUAAACGCCACAGCAAAAGGAUACAAUACGGCCAAAAACAGGGUUAUCACUCUAAGAGGAAAGGACACGGCGAAGCUGCAGGAUGCGAGGCAAAAGGAUUUGAAAUUACAUUUUUAAUGCCGAGGCGGGCAAGAAAAAGAGCGCGAAAUGAGCAGCACGUGCGCGCUUUAUUUUAAAUAUUUAUAAACAAACAAACACACACACAGUGCACGAGCACACGCGCACACCCACCCACACACCUAUCCACACACCGAAACACACACACACACACUUAUUUAGGUGACCAAAGUUAAGCCUCGUCAAAUUGUAUUAAAAAUUCAUCUUAACGGUUAUGCGUUUUGUACAAACAGUCGAGCGGCUAAGGAGCCGGGCAAAAAAUGUUUGUAAAUAUUAAAAUGAAUUUAUGUGCAGAGCAAAAGUUUUUAAUUAAGUGAAAAGCGAAAACCCGAGUGCAAACGAUAAAAACGCGCCGCCAAACAGGAAGGAAUCAUCGAGCGUGUGAAUUAGAGCAACGAGCUUACAUAUUUGAAUGUUCCAGCGAUGUUCCAGUUCGAGUUCGAGUUCGAGCAGCCAGAACCCAAUUUAUUUGCAUACCUAAUGCCCGUGCAGUGAGCCUCGGCAAAUUGCGAAGCCCAGAAGCGCAGAAUACCAACCAAACAGUUAUUACCAAUUGGCCAAUCGGAUCUGUAGCAGCCAGCUAUAGCCAUGUCCUUCACCGGCCCAUUCCUUAUAUGCCUGAUCAUGGGAGCCAUUACCUAUGGAAAUUCACACGAGCAUGCCGAUGGCUUCAAGCCAGAUGGCGAAAUCCUGCGCGUCCUGGUGAACAGCUCGGCACAAAUCAAAUGCGAUGUGGGCUCCAGCCAGGCCGAUGACAAAGUGCUUCUGGUCGUUUGGUACAAGAAUAAUUUACCCAUUUACAGCUACGACACACGUGGCGCCCACGCAGGCACCCCAUCCCAUUGGCGGGACGAGGAGGUCCUCGAAGAUCGGGCCGUAUUUCGAACGCACAAGGAGCCGGCGGAAUUGAUUAUAAAUCCGGUUAAGGAAAAGGAUGCGGGCAACUUUCGGUGUCGCGUGGACUUCAAGCUUUCGCAGACCCGCAACAGCAAUGUCAAUUUGGAGGUUGUCGUGCCGCCAACGCAGCCGAUUAUCUUCAAUGAGCGUCGCCUGCGAAUCGAUUCGAGGGCAGGUCCUUAUGAAGAAGGUGGCAGUCUGGAAGUCACCUGCGUUGUUUACGGAGGCUCUCCGCCGCCGACAGUCAUCUGGCUGAUGAAUGGGCAGCUGCAGAACAGCGUUGUCGAUUACACAUACGAUGGCGCCAUCAACAGCAAGCUGGUGGUUCGCAACCUGUCAAGAAUCCACCAGCAUGCGGUCUACACCUGCCAGGCCAGCAAUUUCCACAAGAAAUAUGUGGCCACCAACAUAACGAUCGACCUCUAUCUGCGCCCUCUGCUGGUGGAAAUCAGCUUCAACAAUCAGCCGAUGUCAGCGGAUCGAAAGUACGAGAUCGAGUGCCAGGCGAUUGGAUCGCGGCCUCCGGCCAAAAUCACCUGGUGGAUGGGCAAUCUGGAGCUGCAUGGCCACAGCCAGAAGGUUUCGGAGGACGGCAAUGUCAGCACUUCGGUGCUUUCGAUCACACCCACAAGAGAAGAUCAUGGCAAGGCCCUGUCCUGUCGGGCAACCAAUGAACUUGUUCGCAAUGGCAUUCGCGAAACGGCCAUGAAGCUGAAUGUGUUCUUCAUUCCCACCUUGCAGCUGGACCUGGGCUCCAAUCUGAAUCCGGAGGAUAUCGAGGAGGGCGAUGAUGUCUACUUUGAGUGUAAAGUGCAUGCAAAUCCGGCUGCUUAUAAAGUUGUAUGGAAGCAUAAUCACCAAAUCAUCCAGCACAACCAGCGAGCGGGCGUGAUUGUCAGCAGCGGAGAUCUGGCGCUCCAGGGAGUCACUCGUCACCAGGCUGGAAACUACACCUGCACCGCUUCGAAUGUGGAGGGCGAUGGGGAUUCCAAUGUGGUCGAGCUGAAAGUGAUGUAUAAACCAAUUUGCCGGCCCGAUCAAAAGAAAAUCUAUGGAGUGGCGCGAAACGAGGCCGCCGAAAUAGUGUGCGAAGUGGAUGCCUUUCCGCCGCCGGAGAACUUCAAGUGGUCCUUCAACAACACGGCGGAGACCUUCGACAUGCCGCAGAGCGGUUUCCGGCCCCAUUCCGCCCAGGGUUCGACCCUCACCUACACCCCCGUCAAGGAAAUGGACUUUGGCACCAUCAUGUGCUGGGCCGACAACAAUGUGGGUCAGCAGAAGGAGCCCUGUGUGUUCCAUUUGAUAGCCGCUGGCAAACCGGAAGCGCCCACCAAUUGUACGGUGGUCAAUCAAACGUCCGACUCGCUGGAGGUUUAUUGCAUUGAAGGAUUCGAUGGCGGAAUGCGGCAGUGGUUCCUCAUGGAAAUCUUCGAUCAGCACAGUGGCCAGCUCCAGGCCAACAUCAGUGCCAAGUUUGCGGCCCUGAGUGUUACGGGUCUGGAUGCUGGUCGUCUCUUCAGGAUCUAUGUGUAUGCCGUCAAUGGACGAGGACGCAGCGAUGCCAUUGCCCUCGAUGGAUACACUUUGAAGGCCGCCGAGAAGCAAACCGUUGCCUUGACCUCCUACAAGGGCAGUGCGCAGAGUCCGGAUAACUUUGAGCUGACACCGAUCCUGUCGAUUGGCAUCUUCGUGGGUAUCCUGGUGGCCAUCGUGUGCAUCGGUAUCGGCACAAUUGCCGCACUGAAGCUGCGCUCGCACAAGCAUCAGCAGCAACAGAAAUUCGUACAUCCGAAUGCGAAAUUCUCACGUCCGGGCAAUUUGCAAAUUAAGGAUAAAAUCUCAUUGCCAUUGAGUCACUCCGAGGAGAUGUACGACGAGAAGAAUCCCGAUGUGGUGCCCUACAAUGAGGUUGAUGGCGAAUAUAAACAAAAAUCAGCAACACAAACGCCAUCGGGACAUCUUUCAACGACCAGCGAGGUGGAAAUCAGCUGCAAGCCGGGCUCAACAUCCGGCACCGGAAUCGUCCAGGCCAACUCGGCGGACAGUGGCACCUAUCAGAGCAGCAAGGACGAUGAGCUGCACUACGCGGAGCUGUCGCUGACCAACAUGCCAUCCGGCAGCAGUGGCGCCUCCAAGAAGGGUCAGCCCAUGGGCGGUGUGGGUGUGGUGCAGCACGUGGUGCAGCAGCAGCAGCAACAACAGCAGCAGCAGGGGCAGGUUCAGCAUCCCCAUGCGAUGUUGGGUGGCACCUUGCCACACGGCUCCAGUAUGCGGAAGCUGCUGCCCACCAUUCCGGCGACGGCGACGCUGCAGCGCCACAAGCCAAAUGCGGGCGGAAUGCAGCAUCCGCACCAGCACGCUCCGCCGCCCACGUACGACUACGAUUACUUUGAGGAGCCGACGAUAUAUGCGCAAAUCGAUGCGUACAAGACGAUGCAGGUGGACACUGGCACAGGUGUGGCAGGUGUCGGUGUCGGUGUCGGUGGAUCAGGAUCGGGUGUAACUGGUGCGGGGGCAAGCAUCUCAUCGCCGGGGUCGCAUGGCACCCCAUCCACGGUGUCACCGGGCACCGUGCAAAUGUACACCCUGCCCCAGCAUCCCGGUGGCUACCACACACUGCCGCACAAUCAUCACGCACAGCAGCAGCUGGCGGGCGGUCCGCAGAACUCCGCUUCGAUGAUGCAAAUGAUGCAGCAGCAGCAGCAAAUGCACCACCAUCCUGCGUCCAACAUGCCGCCCUCCUACCAGCAACACCAGCAGCAACAGCAGCAGCAGCAAAUGGCCCAUGGCCAGAUGCUGGUUUCGAGCAACAGCAGCGGAUUGGCCUCCACCACGGCGGCCGUGGCCAGUCCCAGUAGCUCAUUAUCGGGUCUUUCGGGCGUGGGCAAGUCCUAUUCGCGCGAAAUAGUCACCGUUCGCACCCCGCUCAUGUAUUCGCAGCAGGAGAGCUGCGUCUAAGGUCUCCGUCUCCCCCUGGCAUCUUACGGAUUCACCAAGUCCCCGAUUCCACAUUCCCGAUUCCAAACUCCCGAUUUAUGUAGUCAUGUAAGUCUUGAGCUCUUCGUGGUUGGUGUCUAGGCUAAGUGUUGCCAAAACGAAUUGAAGUAAAUUGCAGCGUUCUGUGGAUUUGAAGCGAUUUGAAUCGUUUGUGUGCUCGUCGAGGAACUGAAUAUUUUUUAAUGCAAAGCUCAUACAAAGGCUGCCACGAAAUCCUCUGCACUGAGCAUUACAAUCCUAAUAUAAAAACAAUAAUUCGCAAUAAUGUGCAACCAGUCAGCCCACAUUACUUUUAACUUUAGGCCACAAAUGAAUAAUUCAAUCACGAAAUAUACAUAUUUUAUUUUCGAUAUGCGGCUGCUGCGGCAGUAACAUAUCAAAUACCGAGAUUAUAAUUUGGGUGUACAUACAAACAAAAAUGUUUAAUUAAUGCGUCAGAAAAAGUGGAACCAUAACUUAAAACCCAAGCUGUAAUAUAAAUAAAUCAAAAUUCAAUGCGAAAAAUUAACAGAAACGAGAUGAUACAUAUUCAGAACUCAUAUUGCAUAGCAAAUUUUGCACAGAUUGCAACAUUUUUGAAUGCAGUUAGACAAAUUAGAUUUUAUUUUUCAAUCAAUUCAAAGAAAUGAGUAAUGCAGCAGAAGAUGAUUGUUCCUUCCUUACAGUAAGUACUCAGAUGGACACACAGCCUAAGCCAUAUUUUUUCAUCAGAUUACCACACACUAACGAGAAGUAUAUAUUAAUUUCGAAGGAUACUUUGUAAAUGUUUGUAAAUGUCAGCUGAACAGUAAGGAGCUGCAAUUUGUUAGGAAUUGGCUCAAUGAACGCAUACAACUAGAAUAAAUUUAGUAAGUAUAUCCUUGAUAUAAUAGACUUAAAGCUCACGCUCACUCAACCAAAGACGGGUGAGCAAUGCGAAAGCGCACCUUCUUGGCAAUUAUAUUGAAAAUUAAUUACAUUAUUCAAAUAUAUGGUAAACAAUAUAAAUAAAACAAACACCCACACCCAAAGACUCAACAGACACACAUACACACAUACAAAAGCAAAUUAGCUGCAAUUAGCUUAGCAUAAAUGAAUACUAAGUAUUAAUGUGUAAAUAGCAAAAUCGUAAAUCAAAUGUAUUACCGAACCCAAAAAGCAAAUCAAACAGAAACGCUGCAAAUUAAUGAAUGUAAAUUAGUUGCACAUUCUAUCCAAAACAAAAAAAAACUCCCAAGACUAUAAAUAACAAAAAGAAAACACAACAAGGACCUAUUGUUGGUAUGUAAAAUUUGAAAAUAAAAAAAAAGAAUAGCAAAACCAAGAAAAACAUGUGGGAAUGUUGUUGUUUGUAAAUGGCAUUUAUAUAUCAAAUUGUAUUUUUUCUCUUCAAUGUUUGAACUGUGAAAAGGCAUAAAAGAAACAAAAUAAAUGCACAUUGUAAAUUAUUGUUACAUUUUAAUAUUUAAUAUAUUAUUUUAGGGAAUGGAGGAGAGAACACACACACACACAAACGAAGCAGAAAUCAAUACUUCUUUAAAAGUGUGUAUAAAACAAAAAGUUGAGCCGUAAGUGUAAUAGACAGAUUAUUGGCCCAGCAUGGCAAAUGCAAUUUCCAUUUCCAGCUAGUUAAGAUGAAAAUAAAAAAACGAAAAAACAAACUAAAAAAAAGAAACAAGUGAUUUCUCUUACAUCAAUUAGAACGAAAUACAAACAAACGUGCAUAUAUGGUUCGGUCAUCAUCAUGUGUGCGUAUAUUUCUGCAUGUAAGUGUUCCAACCAAUCUGAAUAUAAACUAAGUGUAGCUAAUUUAACGUCUAAACGAAGCCAUAAAAGAUAAUUGUAAAAUAUAUUAAUGAUUUAGUUUAAAGCCAGGCAUAUACUCUACAAAUGAAUUAUGAAUGUAUGUUAUGAUUAAGCACUCGAAACGAUAUGGAAAAUACCCCUCCCCUAUCCCAAAUGAAUACAAGGAAUACAAUAAUAACUUGAAUCACAAGAAACAAACUGAACAGCAAACAACUGAAUGAACUCAACCAAAUAAAUCCAUACAAAAUUUCAAUGAAAA